CUGUUGACAGGACUUUUUUUUUCGGAAGAAACAGAUUGGAAAAAAGGAUUAAGUUUCACGUUCGUUUUUAUGCUGCAUUCACAUCUACAUUUCAGAGAUCGGGCAGCCUGAGCUGGAGCAAAUAAAACCGUUGCAUGCAAUGGUUUUUGUCCGACCGAAACCCGCCAUUUAUGCAAGGAUUCGACCGGAUCACCGCCAGACCCCAUUGCAGUCAAUAGGGAUCCAGCGGUGAAGUCGAGGAUCUGGCAGGCUGCUCUGUGCCGCUACAGCCUGCCGGAGAUGUGAACGAGGCCUAAGCGGUAAACAAAUAGGUGACAUAUUCCUUUUAAUUUUGGGAGGAGAUACUCUUUCGUUUUUAAACCCAACUGUAAGCCAGUCACCAAUAACAGGAAACUUGGACAUACAUUCCAACACAUUUAUUCAAAAACCAAUGCAAGAAACCAUGACGUAAAGUCUGUAUCUCAAAAGUAGGAAAAAAUGUAAGAAAAUGAUUUGAUUUUACAGCCGACCGUUCUGCAUUUUUCAUUUCCCCCCAGCUACAAAGCAGCAAAUACAAAAGAAAACAGCCUGGUUUCUAUGGGGACAGUGUGACUCACCGCCACACCUGUGAUUACAGUAUCUGCAGGAUAACAUCUGACCAGAGGGGAAAAUAAAAAAUCUUCCUAAAAGAUUUUCCUACUUCCGCCAAUGGACAACCAUAUUACCCAGGAGUAUGUCAGGUACAGCCAGGUCAUUCUUGGUUUUGGACAUGGCCUCCAUUUUGAGGUGGUGAAGAGAAGCAGAAAACCGGAGGAGGGAACUGUGGAAUUGGUGAGGCAUAAGCGGGAAUGGAUCAUCCCACCAGUUUCAAUUUAUGAAGAGCAGGACAAUUCUUUUAAGAAUCCUAUUGCAAAGAUACAAUCUGACAAGAUAGAGCCAAGUCGUAGAAUUCGAUACUCAAUCACCGGACAGGGAGUUACUCAACCUCCACUAGGCAUAUUUAUUAUAAAUGAAAAUACCGGAGAAAUGAACGUCACCGGAAUCGUGGACAGAGAAGAAAUCUCCAUGUUUUAUUUAAAAGGCUAUGCCCGAGACCAAUACGGUUUGGAUGUUGAGCCGCCUAUAGACCUCAGAGUAAGAGUUCUUGACAUCAAUGAUAACGAUCCAGUUUUUACACAAAACGUAUUUGUUGCAGCAGUGGAAGAGUUGAGUCCUGCAAACAGUAUUGUUAUGGUGCUAAAUGCAACUGAUGCAGACGAAGCCAACACCAUCAAUUCUAAACUUGCCUACAGAAUUCUGUCUCAAAAACCUGGAUCAUAUGAAUUCAUGGUGACUAAGAAUGGUGAAGUUCUCACAACCGUGUCUACACUUGAUAGAGAGACACAAAGCAGCUACUCUCUGACUGUUGAAGUGAGAGAUCUAAAUGGAGAUCUUCAGAGAGGCAAAGCCCAUACAGCUACCGUCCAAGUUAAAGUAAAGGACGUCAAUGACAACAUUCCUGUACUCGAAAAGGAACAGUAUGAAGGAGACGUUGAGGAAAAUGUUGCCAAUGUUGAAAUAUUACGUAUGAAGGUGUUUGAUAACGAUGAGGAAUUCACCGAUAACUGGUUUGCUAACUUUACUAUAGUGUCAGGCAAUGAAGACAACCAUUUUGAAAUCAGAACGGAUCCACAAACCAAUGAAGGAGUGCUAAUGCUGGUGAAGGAAGCAGAUUAUGAAAUGAUGAAGACUGCUGAACUGAGUGUCGUGGUUUCAAACCGAGCAGAAUAUCACAGCUCAAUUAAGUAUCUGGUCAGCGGAGGAGGAGGUGGUGGUGGGGGAGGAGGAGGAGGAGGAGGAGGUGGAGCUGGUGGUGGUAGCGGUGGUGGAAAAGCUAUCCCCAUAAGAGUGAAGGUGAAGAAUGUUCGUGAGGGUCCUGUUUUCAAGCCCAAGAGGAAAAUCUUUCCUGUUUCUGAAGGAAAAACUAUAAUAAAUACAGUCAUUGGAUCAUAUCAGGCAUUUGAUGUCGACACGGGGAAAGUGGCUGAACAUGUCAAGUAUGCCAAGGAAUAUGAUCCAGAUAAUUGGUUUAUGAUUGAUCAAACUACAGCUGAAAUAAAACUUAUAAAAAUGCCUGAUCGGGAGUCUAUAUUUGUAGUCAAUGGAACCUAUAUAGCAAAAAUCUUGGCUAUUAGUGAAGAUAUUCCAGGAAAGACUGCAACUGGAACUAUAGCUAUAGAGGUGGAAGACGUAAAUGACAACUGCCCUGUUCUAGUAAAUCCAGAUCAGACAGUUUGUAAUAAUGUACCAUUCAUAAACUUGACAGCAGUGGAUCCCGAUAGCUUUCCCAAUGGUGCUCCACUGAAAUUUACGAUUGUAGAUGAACCUGCUGGGAGCGCUAAGAUGUGGUCAAUUGGGAAAACCGAUGAUGUUAGUGCACAGCUGAUCCCAAAAGAUAUAUGGGAGGGGCGACAUCAAGUUAAAAUUAUAGUAACUGAUAACCAAGGAUUGAGUUGUCCAGAGAAACAAGUUCUGAGACUGGCCGUUUGCACUUGUAAUAAUGAUGGUUAUGCAUGCAGUGAACUGAGGACUGACACUUCCAUAGGCCUGGGAGGUGGUGCCAUUGCGCUCAUGAUACUUGCUUGUCUACUAUUACUGUUGGUGCCCCUCCUGUUGCUUUUAUGUUACUGUGGAUCAGGAGCAAAGGGAUUUUUGGCUGUAGAUGGCCCCGAGCAGUCCAUCCUUAUUCAAAACAAAGAAGGUCCAGAACCUGUGGACACAGCAGCUCUUCCAUCUGCAAUUGGAACAGUUGGUUCUGCUGGACUUGGUGCCGGAACUGGGGUUGGCAUGAGAGAUGGCUAUGGUAUGCAAUUAAUGGAUGGCUAUGGCUACAGCAAGGAUAUGUACAAUUCAAGUAUGGGAGUGGAAAGACAUUACGAUGAAAACCAGGUUCUUCUGAGUAGAGAAGAAAUGACAGCAGGCUCUCUUGGUGGUAACAUGAGAAUGAUCAGCGGUCUGGCCUCAGCUGCUGGGGCCAGAGCAGGAGCUGGAUAUGGUUAUGGUAUUGCUGGUGGCGCUGGAGGUCAGGCAGCUCUGAAUGAGGGAUUCAUUAAAGGAUAUUUUUAUGACAAAGUCUUGGGGUGUGCUGAUGAAGACUUGGCCCAGGCAGCAAAGGAUUGUAUUCUAAUUUAUUCACAGGAAGGAACCGGCUCAAUUGCUGGUUCGGUUGGCUGCUGCAGUUUAAUUGAAAGUGAAUUUGAAGGGGACUACCUGGAUGACUUGGGUUUCAAGUUCAAAACUCUGGCAGAUAUUUGUCAGGGUGGAAACAGUGGCGUGCAAAUUUCACAGUAUAAAUCCUAUGAGGAGCUUAACCAAGGUACCUUUGAGUCUGAAGCCAUUGCAGAUAUCCGUGCAGUCCAGAAUGAAGAGACUGCAGAAAAGCAUUACCAGGAGAUGGACAAUUCUUACAUGUCAUCAGAAUCCCAGGUUCAGAGGUUAAAACCUGAAAAUGUGGUUAGAGAGAAUGUGGUGGUUGAGGAGUCUAAUGUGUCUUCUAGAUAUGUAAAAGAGCCAGCUCUGCGAGGUAAUGUGCUUGUGACAGAAAAAUCGUAUACCACUGCUCCCACAAUAAUUCUGGAGCCAGUACGUCAGCAGAAUUUACUGGUGACAGAAAGGAUCAUUCGGCCUGCAUCUAGUUUACAUAACUUGGUUGAUAUUCCUGAGGGUGAAAAUGUUAUGGUAACGGAAAGGAUGAUCAACAGCGGUUUUUCUGGUUUUAGGAGUGAGCCUCGUGAUUCACAGUAUAUGCUGGUAACGGAGAGGGUUCUUGGCCCCAGCUCUAAUCUUAGUUCCACCAUAAGCAUUCCUGAUCAGUCUGUGGGGCAGAACGUAGUAGUUACUGAGAGGCAUUACACUCCUAUAACCACCAUGAAUGGCAACGCAGUGAUUCCCGUAGAAGUGUCAGGGGCGCAAAACCUAGUAAACGAAAGUGUCUCAAUCUUAGAUGGAGGAGUCCAAGGCCAAACGCACUUCAAACAGGGCGGCUAUUUGGUGGAGGAGCUACAACCAGCAAGUAAUGUAGAGAAGUCUGCGAGCAGGGUGACAAAAUACAGCACAGUACAGUAUACUCGGUCCUAAUGGGGGGAGUCUUUGUUCAUGUAAAAAUACUGCUGCUUUAACUGAAUAAUCAUUUAUUAUGGAAUGUUCAUGCCAUAGUCAUAUACCCCCCCCCCCCAGAGGACCCUAUAAAAUGGUAAAUUUCUGACGUCUUCCCUGUUUGUGACAUCUGAUGAAAAUCUAUAUGCUUGCUAAAAUAUGUUCCAUUAAGCAUCCACCUUUGACUGUUUGCACAUAGCGUUGAAAGCAUUCCUGGUAGGAUGGGGAUUCAUUCCAUUACAAGGAUAUGGUCACACGUGGCAGAACUUUCCCUGGGGUAUUAACCAGCCGAUUUGUAUAUGUGUUUUGUUUUGUUUACAUAUCGGAUUUUAGAGAGAUUGUAUUAAACUGAUUUUAUUUUUCAAUUUUUUUUAUUUUCUUGUCUGGUAAUUAUCACCUUGUGUGAUCUACCCUGCCAUUUUUUUUUUUUUUUUA